AUGCGUAGGUCAAUCGGCACAUUAAAUGCGCAAGCACGUCUUGCAAGCCAUUAUUGCGCAAGCUGCCGUUUCGUCUUGUUAAAUGAAAUGACGGCUUCUGAGGUUCCGCCACGUCAUCGCGCAUGCGAACGCAUUGUCAGACCGUUACGUCUCUCGAGAGAGCCAUGCCCUUUCGUUUUGAAUUCUAGUGCCAAUAUAAAAAGCCUUGCCUUCUUCAUUUUUCUCCACUCCUUCCCCUCCAUUCUAACCUGCUCCAGUGGCCUCCCCUCUGUAGCUUCUCCAGAACCAGGGUUGAGCCAUAUCCGCAGAUCCUCGCGUCGUGGCCUGAUCCAGAUGGUUUUUUCCUUCCUGCUGUCCACCAACUAUCCUUCGUCUUGGAAAGUCGAUGUGGGCCAAGGCCAUGGUGUGGCCGAGAUUCCUUCCCGGCCCUGGGGGAGGAUGACCUUCCUUCUUAUGAGGCCGUGGAGAAACUGUAAUGCGAUCGAUGAAGAUGGAAGGGCCUGGUGUGAUGAUUCCAACUUGGCCAUGUUCGUUUGGCCUAGCACCUUGGUUGCACCCAUGGCUGGAGUGAUGGUCCUGGCUUCACCCAGCCAUAGUUGUGCCCAGAAUGAUGGCCCUGGCCAUGGCCCGAGCGACAGCCUUGAUUGCAACCCAGUUUCACCCAUGUCCAGAGUGACGUCCUUGCCUGUGGCCGCGGUCAGUGGAAACGUGGGCGGUGGAGGCACCGCCUAG